GCUCGCCAGCCGUCACUCACACCUACCUUCCUUCCCUGUACCGAGCCUUCAGCCAAUGCCGAACACACCCCUUACCCACCCAUCCACCUACCCAUUCUUCCAAGCGCGCCUCAUUGCGCAUUGACUAUCUACUUCUCCUUUCUGGUAACGCGGCGUUAGAUACGUGGAAGACGAGCAUGAGCACGGAAACACGGCCUAUGACAGCAGGGGGCGGGGGGAAUGAUCAAGACGAUGCCUUGCUUCUUUUUCUUUUUCCUUCUUCUUUCUCUGAGAAUUCUGCGUCUUCUGAAUCUUCUGAAUCUUCUUCGGAGUCUUCGUUUCUUGCUGCUAGCUCUUGGCUUCCUGGCUUCUUGCGCGCUUGCUUGCAUCACGGGCUCUGGACUGGCGAUGGCGAUGGUGAUGGUGAUGGCGGCGGGAGUGGCCGUGGCCGUGGCGGUUUUGUGCUCGUUCUUCUCGCUAGGUUGGUCGGUUGGUGGUCGGUGCCGUAGUGGAGUGGAGGUGCGGGUGCUCGGUGGCGUAUGGCUGGUCGGGGUGAGCGGGCGUGCGUAGGUAGGUAGGUAGGUAGGUAGGUAGGUAGGUAGGUAGGUAGGUAGGUAGG